AUGCGCGCCCUCCGUCUCGCCCUCCGUCACGCCCUCUCGCCCUCCGUCACGCCCUCUCGCCCUCCGUCACGCCCUCUCUUCCUCCGUCACGCCCUCUCGCCCUCCGUCACGCCCUCCCGCCCUCCGUCUCGCCCUCUCGCCCUCAGCCUCGCCCUCUCGCCCUCCGUCUCGCCCUCUCGCCCUCGGUCUCGCCCUCUCGCCCUUCGUCUCGCCCUCCGCCUCCCCCUCUCGCCCUCCGCCCCGCCCUCUCACCCUCCCCCUCGCCAUCUAACCCUCCGCCUCGCCAUCUCGCCCUCCGCCUCGUCUCUCGCCCUCCACCUCGUCUCUCGCCCUCCGCCUCGCCCUCUCCCCUGCCCACUGCCUCGCCCUCUCCCCCGCCCUCCGCCUCGCCCUCUCGCCCUCCACCUUGCGCUCUUGCCCUCCGCCUCACCCUCUCGCCCUCCGUCUCGCCCUCUCCCCCGCCCUCCGUCUCGCCCUCUCCCCCGCCCUCCGUCUCACCCUCUCCCCCGCCCUCCGUCUCGCCCUCUCCCCCGCCCUCCGCCUCGCCCUCUCCCCCGCCCUCCGCCUCGCCCUCUCCCCCGCCCUCCGCCUCGCCCUCUCCCCGCCCUCCGCCUCGCCCUCUCCCCCGCCCUCCGCCUCGCCCUUUCCCCCGCCCUCCGCCUCGCCCUCUCCCCCGCCCUCCGCCUCGCCCUCUCCCCCGCCCUCCGCCUCGCCCUCUCCCCCGCCCACCGCCUCGCCCUCUGCCCCGCCCUCCGCAUCGCCCUCUGCCUCGCCCUCCGCAUCGCCCUCCGCCUCGCCCUCUGCCACGCCCUCCGCCUCGCCCUCUGCCCCGCCCUCCGCCUCGCCCUCUCCCUCGCCCUCCGCCCAGCCCUCCGCCCCGCCCUCCAUCCCGCCCUCCCCCCCCCUCCGUCCCGCCCUCUCCACCCCUCCGUCCCGCCCUCUCCCCCGCCCUUCGUCCCGCCCUCUCCCACGCCCUCCGUCUUGCUCUCUCGCCCUCCGUCUCACUCUCUCGCCCUCCGUCUCUCCCUCUCGCCCUCCGUCUCCCUUUCUCCUCUCCCUCUCGCCCUCGCCCCCUCCCCUGCCCCCACCCCCACCCCUCCCCCGCCCCCCGCCUCGCCCGCCACCGCCCCCGCUCGCCGCCUCGCCCUCUCCCCCUCCCCUGCCCCCUCCCCUGCCCCCCGUCUCGCCCUCCCCCGCCCUCCGCCUCACCCUCCCCCGCCCUCCCUCGCCCUCCGCCACGCCCUCUCCCCCGCCCUCCGCCUCGCCCUCUCUCCCGCCCUCCGCCUCGCCCUCUCCCUCGCCCUCCGCCUCGCCCUCUCUCCCGCCCUCCGCCUCGCCCUCUCCCCCGACCUUCGCCUCGCCCUCUCACCCGCCCUCCGCCUCGCCCUCUCCCCCGCCCUCCGCCUCGCCCUCUCCCCCGCCCUCCAGUUCGCCCACUCCCCCGCCCCCCGCCACGCCCCACGCCUCGCCCUCCCCCCUCCCCCCGCCCCCCGCCUCGCCCUCUCCCCCGCCCCCCGCCUCGCCCUCUCCCCCGCCCACCGCCUCGCCCUCUCCCCCGCCAUCCGCCCCGCCCUCUCCCCCGCCAUCCGCCCCGCCCUCUUCCCCGCCCUCCAUCCGCCCCGCCCUCUUCCCCGCCCUCCAUCCUGCCCUCUCCCCCCCUCCGUCCCACCCUCUCCCCCGCCCACCGUCCCGCCCUCUCCCACGCCCUCCGUCUCGCUCUCUCGCCCUCUGUCUCUCCCUCUCGCCCUCCCUCUCUCCCUCUCGCCCUCCGUCUCCCUUUCUCCCCUCCCUCUCGCCCUCGCCCCCUCCCCUGCCCCCGCCCCCUUCCUCGCCCCCUCCCCCGCCCCCCGCCUUGCCCUCCCCCGCCCCCGCCCUCUGCCUCGCCCUCUCCCCCUCCCCCUCCCCUGCCCCCUCCCCCGCCCCCUUUCCCCGCCCCCCGCCUCGCCCUCACCCGCCCUCCGCCUCGCCCUCUCCCCCGCCCUCCGCCUCGCCCUCUCCACCGCCCUCCGCCUCGCCCUCUCCACCGCCCUCCGCCUCGCCCUCUCCCCCGCCCUCCGCCUCGCCCUCUCCACCGCCCUCCGCCUCGCCCUCUCCCCCGCCCCCCGCCUCGCCCUCUCCCCCGCCCCCCGCCUCGCCCUCUCCCCCGCCCUCCGCCUCGCCCUCUCCCCCGCCCUCCGCCUCGCCCUCCCCCCCGCCCUCCGCCUCGCCCUCCCCCCCGCCCUCCGCCUCGCCCUCCCCCCCGCCCUCCGCCUCGCCCUCCCCCCCGCCCUCCGCCUCGCCCUCUCCCCCGCCCUCCGCCUCGCCCUCUCCCCCGCCCUCCGCCUCGCCCUCUCCCCCGCCCUCCGCCUCGCCCUCUCCCCCGCCCUCCGCCUCGCCCUCUCCCCCGCCCUCCGCCUCGCCCUCUCCCCCGCCCUCCGCCUCGCCCUCUCCCCCGCCCUCUCCCCGGCCCUCUCCCCCGCCCUCUCCCACGCCCUCUCCCACGCCCUCCCCCUCGCCCUCUCCCCCGCCCUCCCCCUCGCCCUCUCCCCCGCCCUCCGCCUCCCUCGCCCUCUCCCCCGCCCUCCGCCUCGCCCUCUCCCCCGCCCUCCGCCUCGCCCUCUCCCCCGCCCUCCGCCUCGCCCUCUCCCCUGCCCUCCGCCUCUCUCUCCCCCGCCCUCUCCCCCUCCCCCGCCCUCUCCCCCUCCCCCGCCCUCUCCCCCCCCUCCGCCUCCCUCUCCCCCGCCCUCUCCCCCGCCCUCCGCCUCGCCCUCUCCCCCGCCCUCUCCCCCGCCCCCUCCCCUGCCCCCUCCCCUGCCCUCUGUCCCCCCCUCUCCCCCGCCCUCUUUCCCGCCCUCUCCCCUGCCCUCUGUCCCGCCCUCUCCCCCGCCCUCUCCCACGCCCUCCCCCCCCGCCCUCCCCCCGCCCUCCCCCCGCCCUCCCCCCGCCCUCCCCCCGCCCUCCCCCCGCCCUCCCCCUCGCCCUCCCCCACGCCCUCCCCCUCGCCCUCUCCGCCGCCCUCCCCCUCGUCCUCUCCCCCGCCCUCCGCCUCGCCCUCUCCCCCGCCCUCCGCCUCGCCCUCCGUCUCGCCCUCUCCCCCGCCCUCCGCCUCGCCCUCCGCCUCGCCCUCCGCCUCGCCCUCCGCCUCGCCCUCCGCCUCGCCCUCCGCCUCUCCCUCCGCCCCGCCCUGCGCCCCGCCCUGCGCCCCGCCCUGCGCCCCGCCCUGCGCCCCGCCCUGCGCCCCGCCCUGCGCCCCGCCCUCUGCCCCGCCCUCCGCCCCGUCCUCCGCCCCGCCCUCUCCCCCGCCCUCCGUCCCGCCCACCACUAACUGGUACCUUUCAGUACAACCAUCCCACUACUGAUAUGCUGUGA